ACUCUGGUCGAAGUCCAGCCCUCUCAAAGGCUUAAUAGACACCUGAGGUUGGGGCACCGAGAGCCAGCGGGGGAAAGAAUCAUUCGGUUCUCCUGUUCCAGCUCCUGCCUCUUCACCACUGUGACCUGGGACCCGCCCCGGAGGUGCUUUUGCGACCUUUCCUGAUGGAUGAUCUCUGUGAAGCCAAUGGCAGUUUUGCCAUCAACUUAUUAAAAAUGUUGGGUCAAGAGGACAGCUCGCGGAACGUGUUCUGCUCCCCUCUGAGCAUCUCGUCUGCCCUGGCCAUGGUCUUCAUGGGGGCCAAAGGAAACACUGCCACCCAGAUGUCCCAGGCUCUUUGUUUGAACGGAAGUGGAGAUAUUCACCAAGGUUUCCAGGCACUUCUCACGGAGGUGAACAAAUCUGGCACUCAGUACGUGCUCAGAACUGCCAACAGACUGUUUGGAGAGAAGACGUGUGACUUCUUUCCAGCCUUUAGGGAGUCCUGCGAGAAGUUCUACCAGGCACAACUGGAGGAGUUGUCCUUCGCAGAGGACACCGAAGAAUGCAGGAGACACAUAAACGACUGGGUGACAGAAAAGACCGAAGGUAAGAUUUCAGAGAUACUGGGUCCUGGGACAGUUGACCCACUGACGAAGCUGGUUCUCGUGAAUGCCAUCUAUUUCAAAGGAAAGUGGAAUGAGCAAUUUGACAGAAAGCACACAAGGGGAAUGCCCUUUAAAACCAACCAGGAGAAAAAGACCGUGCAGAUGAUGUUUAAGCAAGCUAAAUUUAGAAUGGGCUAUGUGGACGAGGUGCCCAUGCAGGUCCUGGAGCUGCCCUACGCGGGGAAGGAGAUGUGCCUGGUCGUUCUGCUGCCAGAUGACAACACCGAUCUCGCCGUGGUGGAAGAAACACUUACAUACGAGAAGUUCAGAGCCUGGACAAAUCCAGAAAAGAUGACUGAGGAAAAAGUUCAGGUUUUCCUUCCCCGAUUGAAGCUGGCGGAGAGUUACGACUUGGAGUCUUUUCUUCGAGGUUUAGGUAUGACCGAUGCGUUUGAGGAAGCCAAGGCAGACUUUUCGGGAAUGUCAGCAAAGAAGAAUGUGCCUGUGUCCAAGGUCGCGCACAAGUGCUUCGUAGAGGUCAAUGAGGAGGGCACAGAGGCGGCUGCGGCCACGGCCGUGGUCAGGAAUGCCCGGUGCUGCAGAAUCGAACCAAGAUUUUGUGCAGACCACCCUUUCCUUUUCUUCAUCAUGCACCACGGCACCAACAGCAUCUUGUUCUGUGGCCGCUUCUCUUCUCCGUAAGGAGGGGCGGUUCCCGUGUGCACACUUCUUCCCUUCUGCCCACCUGGCUU